AUGUCGGUCGAACUCCAUCCGAUACCAGGACUGAAGAUCGAACCCAAUGAGACAUUCUUGUCUUAUGACGAUACAUUGGGAUAUGUUAUAUUAUCGAAUCCAAGUGGCUUUGGCUACGUACCAAUGUUAAAGACAAAGGAGAGAGGAUUAUAUUGUUCUGAUAAACCUAUUAGAGAUGCCAAGUUCUCUCCCAAUGGUAUAUACGCAGCAACUCAAUUCAAUGAUACAGAUAUCGAACUGUUGAAUGUAUAUGAUGGAAAGAGAUUGAUACAGUCUACAAAGUAUAAGAGUACAAAGGGUACGACUAUAUUGGGAUUCUACUUUGUUGCGACAAAGAAUGAUUCAUUCUUGAUAGUCACCAAUAGUUCAUUGGAGUUGUAUCAGGUCAACACGACACAGACCGACAUUCAAUGCAAGCUAAUCAAAGAGACCAAGCUAAAGAUUCACUCCUUUGUAUAUCAUGCAAAGACAGCAAUCAUAUUGACAUACUGUGGCACUGGAAACGCGAUACAGCCAUAUCAGUUGACGCACAACUAUAUUGAGAAGUUGGCAAAGUUCACGGUUGAAAGUGCGGCGCCAUUGGACUUGCGUGGGCUGUACUUGUCGAUAAUGUACGGCGUGAUGUUUUGUAUCUUUGCCGACAAGACUCAGAUGACCAUCUAUGAGCUGAGGAGCGAGACCGUGUACAAGGUGCGCACCAUCAAGCUGCUGAUGUCUGGUACCAACUACAUACACUUUGUCGACAACAUGAUCAUUGUACACUACUGCCAACACAAGGUGUCCAUGGUGUUUGACAUCCGCAUGCUCAAGGACCCUCCCAACUUCCCCAUCUCGGCCAUCCCAAUGGACUUGACACCGGGCGCGACGCCAUUCAUCGACACUCCAUCAUCAUUAUCAUUAUCAUCAUCAACGUCGUCGACAUCAUUGAACUCGUCACGCAGCGGCCAGCACUCACCCGCGAUCCAGCCGACACAGCCGGCGCAACAGCUGUACCUUGACUCCUGGCGAUACGUCUCGCCCAACUUCCUGUUCGACUCUGCCACUGGCCGCUGGUUCGAGGUCAAGCUCAGCUUUGACAAGAUAUCCAACUUCUUCCAGGUCGACACGCACAAGAUCAUCCCCUUCCUGCAGCUGAGGACGACGGCCAACGCCAAGAUCGCCCUGCUCAAUCAGAUUCGCUCGAUGAUUGAGUACCGCGCCGAGUCGCUCGAGUCGCUCGGCAAGACGUUCGACUCGCUCAAUCACGACCUGCACACCUACGAGAAGGCCACGGCGCACCUCAUGCAUAAUCGCAAGACCUCCUCUUCUUACAGCAGCAGCGCAGACAACUCAAGGACCAACUCACCUCAGCAACAACAUAUGAUGGGCAUGAACAGUAUGAACAUGAGUAUGAGCAUGAGCAUGGGCAUGGGCGACGACUCGAUGGGCGGCGAUGCCCCCUCACUCUCCUCCUCGUCCUUCUCAUCGCCACGCAGCCUCAACAGCAGCCCAACCCUCACCAGCCGGCUUAAGUACUCGGUGACUGCUGGUGACAUGGACGCGGGUGGCCGCGGCCUUAACCUAAGUGACAGCACAUCGAUGCUGCCCGCGUCUGCAGCAGCAGCGGCGGCCGUAUCCGCUGCGUCGUCUGGUGCUGUGUCGCCCAAGGCUGCACCACGUGGAUACAUCAUCAUCGACUCGGAUGACAUCUUCCACCACGUCUUCAACCCUAUCUACGAGAAGAUCAUAGUCUCGCUGCAAGAGACCAAGGAAAACACUGAGCUCAGCGAGCUGGACAUGAAGAAGCAGCUUCACCUCAUCGAGAUGGACUCCAAAUACCUGAUAGCGAUCGUCACCGAGUACAUUCGCUCGCUCAACUUUAUGUACUGCAAGCGAUCAGGAAAGUUAUACGAGUUGCUCAUCAGUCUAUUCAUCGACAAUCAAAUGUACUCUGAACUACAUCGAUUCUUGCAGUAUAACGUUGUGGAGGACUCAAAGAUCAUUGCUUACAAGUUGUUGUCGCUGGGCGCAUCGUACCCGCCUGCACUGCAGCUGUCGAUGGACAUGUUCAAACGAUUGAGAAUGCCCGAUCUUAUUAUAUCGACGCUGUUGGAGAAGAAUCAGGUGCUGCUCGCACUGAGAUUCAUGCGCAAUGCCAACAUGAAGAAUGAUCCCGAGCUGUUCCUGCGCCACGCUUCCGAGCAGAAUGACGACGUGCUCUUCUACACCGUGUACAAGUUCUUUGAAGAGUCCAGUCAGAUGGACAACUGCGAGAAGUAUGUAAAGUUAUACAACGACAAGUUCAACCAGCCAGUGGCACCGCCAACGCCACCAGUACCAUCACCCGCCACAUCAUCGCCAGUCCUCGUCAGUCACAACUACAACAUUGAUGUUUAG